GCAGAGCGUCGCUCUCGCGGCGUGUCGUAAGCCUCGAAGGUGAAGCGAAGGGUGGAUGGGCGUGACGCCGCCGAGGUGCUAUGGGCCUGGCGCCGCGCCGCCGCGCCGCGCUUCGCAGAGGAAGGCUGAUGAGCAGCGGCCGACACCUCAGACCCAGCUUCGUCUCCCUCAUCACCUCGCGGCCACUCGCUCUUCCGCGCCGCUUCCACCUGCGCCCGACUGCGUCUCGAUCUCGCUUGGCUUCCUCCGCCAUGCCGCCCACGACGCGCAGCUCGCGCAGCCGGAGUGCCGCUGAGCAGCCGGCGGCACAGCCGGCGCCCAAGCGCUCCAAGCGCGGCUCGGCUGCUGCCCCUGCCAAGGCGGUGGAGAAGCAGAAGGUACAGACCUACAUCUCGGUGUCCGAGUCGCCGGAGCCCGAAGGCGAGGGCUCGUCGACUGCGGGACCUUCGACUCGCGCCGAGACUUCGGUCGAACAGAGCCCGCCAGCUGCGGCGGCGACGGCGCAUGAGCACGAGCAGUCACAGGGCAGCGUAGGCGGAAUGAAGGGCUCACCUCUCAGCAAGGGCGAUGCUGAAGGCUCGCAGCCACGCUCGCAGCACAGCGCUGCGCCCAGCAAGUCCUCGCAGCCCAGCGCCGGCGCGAGCAAGGCAUCGCAGCCUGGCACCGGCGAUGCUGGACAGCCGCACUCGCAGCGCAGUGCCAGUCAAGCCAAGCAGGCCAAGCAGUCACAGCAGAGCGUCGCCGACGAAGACAACGACAACAGCUUCGACUUUGGCUCGGACUGCUCAUCGGUCAAGAGUGCCGACUUCGACAUCGAGGACCCGAUGCAGUCGUUUGGCCUCUCUUCUCGCGAGCGCGAGGCCAUCGAGAUUGGCAUCCAAGCCACCGCGGCGCGCCUUGCCGACGAGGGCACUGCAUCGGGCGGCGGCGGCACGCUGCUGCUCAAGGAAGGCGCAGUGCUCGAGGUGCAGCUGCCUCUACACCCUCUCUCGCCUCUCCAGCGCACUACGCUCGACAUCGCAGAGGAUGCUUACCUCGUUCUCAUCUCUCUCGACGUGCAGGGCGGCUGGACGAGCAGUGCCGUCCCUCCCACUUCCAUCGUGCGUCUCGUCUCGACAACCUCCAGCACCAUCAUCAGUCACUCGGACGAGCACACGAGUGCCACGCCGCUCGGUCUGCUCCUCUACGCCGGCGUACGGGCCAUCGCCAAGAAGAUGUGGGGAGAGCCUGAGUACCUCUACGAGCUGUCGACGAGCACGCUGCGUCUGCUUUGCAACGCCGGCGACUACUGCUUCUGCUGCGCCGAGAGGCUCAAGUUCGGCGGCGUCAAGCCGACGGUAUGCGACAGCCCGCUGUGCCAGUACCAGCUGGAUGAUCUCGGCCUCGGCGCCUCGCUCUCCGAGCUACGCGACGAGCGCAUUGCCGACUUUCUCAUUGCCACCGCCCACGCCGCAGCCGUCGGCGCCGUCAGUCGACCGUCGACGCUUCCCGCGCUGCCUUCUUCGCGCGACGGCUCGCCGUUGACUGCAAAGUCGCUGCGCACGACCAUCGAGGCUCUACCGCCGGUCGAAGUCAUGGCGGCCCUGUCGCCUACCGAACUCAAGGCGCAGAUUGGAGCAGAGGCGUUUGCGACGCUCAGGUGGAUCUUCACCUCGAAUCGCGCGCAUCUGGUUGCGCUGGCGCAGCAUGAGCGCAUCCAGAUCAACGGCGACGAUAUCGGAGGCGAGCUGCACCUGAAAGUCUCGACGAGCACGCGCAGCCACGAGGCAGCGUUCCAGGCGCAGAAGGCCAAGUACGGCAGCUUCAUGGCGUGGCAUGGCUCCGGCACGCAGAACUGGCACGCCAUCAUUCGCACGUCGCUCAAGAAUGCCUCGGGCACGGCAAUGAUGUCGACUGGGGCGGCGUACGGCGCGGGCAUCUAUGUUUCUAUAGCUCGCACAGCGUGCAAGACGCCGCUGAAGCUCGACCGCAGGUGGCCGAUGGCUCCUCGCUCUCGCUCGGCUACGCGAGAACCAUCGCCGAGUCGUGGGAGAACGCAGCAUUGGGCGGCCCGCUGCAGAUCCUCGCCGUUGUGGAGAUUGCCAACUCGCCCGAGCUCAUCCGUCCGCCGAGAGCCGGCAUGAUUGUCGCGCCGCAAGAGCACUUUGCCAAUCUCGCCUACAUCGUCGUGGGCACGAAGAACAAGCCAGUCAAGCACAAUAUCUCGGCCGAGGCACUCAAGAUCAAGCAGUACAUGAACGACACGACGAUUGCAUCAAUGGAGCCUAUCGACAAGGUCGAGAAGGAGCUGCUCUUCGUCGACAGCGUCGGCUACGCGUGGGA